UGUUUUUCUGAUAUUAAGUACACAGUGACAGUCACGUGUGUGUGCUUGGUGUGCGUGAAACACAAUGGCGAGUUGGUGGAUAAGUUCUCUUUACCUUGUCUUUUUGGCAAUAAAUUCACUACUAAAUCCAACAUCUGUAUCAUCGGCCGACUCAAAUUAUGGUAUCGGUGUAGGUAUAGCGGACAUCACGGGUCCUGCGGCUGAAGUAAACAUGAUGGGUUAUGCAAAACCAGAUCAGAAGACAAGUGGAAUUCAUCUGCGGCAGUUCAGCCGAGCAUUUAUAAUAGAGGAUAAGACAAGUGGAAAUAGGACAGUAUUUGUCUCCAUUGACGCUUGCAUGGGGGCACAAAGCGUUACCUUAGAGGUUGUAAAGAAGCUGAAAGUAAAAUUUGGUGACUUGUACACGGAGCAGAAUGUUGUCAUCAGUGGGAUUCACACCCACUCGGCACCGGCUGGAUUCCUUCAGUUUGUUCUCUUUCAAGUCACUUCUCUUGGCUUUGUUAAUCAGAGUUACAUGGCAUUGGUAGAUGGUAUUGUAGAGAGUGUGCAACGUGCUCAUGGCAACAUUGUCGAUGGUGAUAUUUACAUGAAUUCUGGAGAACUACUGGAAAGCAACACCAAUCGGAGUCCAACAGCUUACGAAAAUAAUCCAGCAGAAGAACGCGCAAAGUAUGAAUAUAAUGUCGAUAAAACUAUGGUUGUUUUGAAGCUUGUUGAUAAUGCUGGGACUGAUCUGGGAAUGAUUAACUGGUUUGCAGUUCACUGUACAAGUAUGAACAAUACAAAUGAGUUGAUUAGUGGUGACAACAAGGGGUACGCAUCCUAUUUAACUGAACGUCAUUUCAACAAAGGAGCAGCACCUGGCAAGGGGAAGUUUGUUGCAGCAUUUGCUCAGAGUAACCUUGGUGACGUAUCACCCAACACAGAUGGCGCCAAAUGUAUUGACACUGGUAAGCCAUGUGAACGCAAUAGCAGCACUUGCAAUGGAAAGGUGGAGAACUGUAUAGCAAGUGGUCCUGGUGUUGACAUGUUUGAUAGCACUAGAAUUAUAGGGGAAAACCAGUACAACAAAGCAAUGAUGUUGUAUUCAAAUGCAACUAUGAAGUUAUCAGGUCCUGUUCAGUUUAUGCAUCAGUUCGUAGAUAUGACAAAUGUAACAGUACAGUACAAUGCUACAUUCAAGGGUAAGACAUGCAAGCCAGCCAUGGGGUUCAGCUUUGCGGCUGGCACAACUGAUGGUCCCGGUGCAUUUGAUUUCAGCCAAGGCGAUACAAAAGGAAAUGCUUUUUGGAAACUCAUUCGGAACUUUAUCAAAAAACCAUCAGAUGAGCUUGUGGAAUGUCACAAGCCAAAACCAAUCCUGCUACCAACUGGAGAGAUUGAUUUUCCAUAUCCCUGGCAGCCAACUAUUGUAGACACACAGCUGACACGCCUUGGACAAUUGUUUAUUAUAGCAGUACCUGGAGAAUUCACGACAAUGUGCGGACGAAGGUUACGUGAUAACGUUCACCAGGUACUUGUGAAUAAUGGGCUGCCAGCGAAUUCUACCAAGGUUGUUAUUGCAGGACUUUCAAACACAUACAGUGAUUACAUAACCACACUAGAGGAAUAUCAGGUUCAGCGAUAUGAAGGUGCAUCCACCAUAUACGGACCUCACACGUGUCAAGCUUACAUCAACCAAUUCAAAACAUUAGCUGAAUCUAUGGUUAAGAAUGUGAAGUUGCCACCUGGUCCAAAACCAGAUCUGCUGCUUAACGACCAAGUCUCAUUCUUGUCUCCUGUCAUAUUUGAUGGCAAGCCACUUGGAAAGAAUUUUGGAGAUGUUCUAACAGACGUCAAAUCAGACUACGCAAGGAACAUGACAGUGUCCGUGACCUUUCAGGCUGGCAAUCCAAGGAAUAAUCUAAAGACUGGAGAUACAUUCCUGUCAGUUGAAUACCAAGAUGCAAGUGGUAAAUGGAUCCCAAGGUACACGGAUGCUGAUUGGUCAACAAAAUUCUCCUGGAAAAGAACAGUCUUGCUUUUAGGACGCAGCGAGGCGACAGUCACAUGGGAUAUUCCAGCCAAUGAGGCUGCUGGAACUUACCGUAUUAAUCACUAUGGUAACUACAAGAAGCGAUCCCGUGUUUAUUCAUAUAGCGGCAGGUCUUCCAAUUUCAAUGUGUCUUGAUUGUUAAGAAUGAUUAUUGAUGAUCAAAAUCUGAUAACUAUUUUAAAGUUUUAUGCACAAAGUCAGGAAUUCAGUAGGUUUUCUGAAUAUAUUUUCUAAUUGAAUAUGCACAGACUGUUUAUUGAUAAUUUUAAUGAUAAAUUUUUAUAAUGAAAAUUUAUGAUUUUAUAGAUUUUGUAAUACUGCCAAGCAGGUUUUGUUAAUUUCUAAAACAAAUUUGAUUGCUUUUAAAGCAGUUGUUCUAGUACUGUAAUUCAGUUUGCUAAUUAAAUUGCCUAGUUUUUAAGACAGUAGUUAGCAUUUAUUUACAUUAAAAACUAUCUUUUAGUAAAACAUCUGUCAUGGCUGGAUAUUUUUGAAUGAAACUAUGCCAAACCUGUCUGUCUGUCAAGCAUAAACUACUAAAGUUGAGUUAUAAAAAUUAUUACACAAUUUAAUCUUUUAUUAAACUUUGUUCCAUCAAAAGCAUAUAAAUAUCUGCUUAAAUUUGCAAGUUUAGUUUUUAUUUCCCAAGCCUAUUAUUCGAUUAAAUGUUGUUUUCACGAAGAAGUGACUCCUUCCAGGUUGUUACCUGAUUCUUAGUACAAUGUGUUGCUAUACUGUUAUUUGUAGCUUUAUGUUGAAUUUUCUGAUGUUUUAAACAUUUUAUAAACCAUUUUAUAAAUGUAAUGAAUAUAUUAUUCUAUGAUAAUUUGGCAAUAUUUCAAUACUGAAUGCAAUUGAAUCAAAUAGUAAGUAAUAAUGAGAAGGUUUGUUAUAAUCACCAUAUGUUAUUAUUUUUAACAAGUGGAAAUAAAUCAAACUUAAAUACUGGCGAUAAAAA